AUGGCAGAACGAUACAGACACAAUCGACAGGCGGCGCGCCGGCAACCCUUGGGCGAGAUACGAACUGGAGCAAACACGCCUUCAGCCCCAGCUCGCCAAAUGAAGAACCUCAAAGCCGCGUCACUCUCGCCACAACCACAACAUCUGCCACACAACGAGUCUCUCGAGCCCAAUGGCUCCCUCAACGUACGGGCCAGCCAAGCGAGCUCGCCCGAACAUAAGCGCGUGUCACAGAUCGCAAGCAAAUAUGAACGUGACUCGAAGCGCAACUCGGCCAUCUCGACCGCCUCCACGACAGCGUCUGGCCAGAAGCGGAAGACGUAUAUCGGUCACUGGCAGCUGGGCAAGACUAUCGGUAAGGGCGGGUGCUCGAGAGUGCGUAUCGUGAGGCAUCGUUUCCGGGAUCAACUUGGCGCGGUCAAGAUCGUUACGCGUUCUACAGCCGAGAGCACGCGUGCCCAAAGUUUGGCGAACCUCAUCGAGAGCACGAAGGGUCAUGCAACAUUUUCACCAUCCGGGCACAAGCCAAUACCAUUUGGCCUGGAGCGAGAGAUCGCUGUCAUGAAGCUCAUGGAGCAUCCAAACAUAGUUCGUCUAUACGAUGUUUGGGAGAACAGAAACGAGCUUUAUCUUAUCAUGGAGUAUGUUGACGGUGGCGAGCUCUUUCACUACGUCGACGAGCGAAAGGGUUUGGAGGAGAACGAAGCAGUAUACAUCUUUCGCCAGAUCGUGUCUGCACUACUAUACUGCCAUCGCCUACUCAUCUGCCAUCGGGAUCUCAAGCCGGAGAAUAUACUGCUCAACAAAGAAGACCUCACAGUCAAGUUGAUCGACUUUGGCAUGGCAGGCUUACAACCUAAGGGCAGGUUGCUAAGCACACCCUGUGGCAGCCCACACUAUGCGGCGCCUGAGGUAGUGAGCAGCAAACCUUACGAUGGUACGCAGGCGGACGUUUGGAGCAGUGGUGUUAUCUUGUACGUAAUGUUGACUGGUACUACACCUUUCAACUAUUCUGCGGAUGGCGACAUUCGUGUGCUGUUCAGGGACAUCGCCCGUGCGAGGUACUGGAUGCCACCUACACUCAGUCCUGAAGCAAAGGAUCUGAUUCAGCGCAUAUUCGUGCCGGACCCGAGUACACGCAUCUCCAUGGACGAAAUCUGGGAGCAUCCACUGCUCCGCAAAUACGACAAAGAAUGGGGUUUUGGCGGGAAAGCAGGUAGCAAGGACACUGCCAUCGGUCCAGCACCAACUCUUGACCAAUGGAAGAUCCGGCGUGUACAAGACAUCGACCGCGAGAUACUGGGCAACAUGCGAACGCUAUGGCAUAGCGACUCCGAGCAGACUCUGAUACAAAAGCUCCUCAAUAGCGAGAUCAACCAGGAGAAGCUGUUCUAUGCCGCACUGAUCAAGCAUCGAGAGGAGCAAUUCGAGAACUAUGUCGGCAACAUGGACGACAUGGACUACUCUGCCAGCGACUAUCAUCACAGCCAACCUCCAGAAGCAUCUCAGGCACCGCCCAUGCCGGGUGCGCCUCGAUCCCAGUCGCAAUACUCUAUCAUGAACGAUGAGCAUUUGCGGCCCAACCCCAGCUUUACCGAGCCUCCGCCAUCAGUGAGCAGUUACGACCCAUACCGGGCUUCGAAGAAUCCUAUCGUGACCGGACGCGGUGAGUAUGUCAACGUUACUGUCCAUCGUCGGGGCAGCGCAGGUACGAGAAGAGGCAGCACCCACCGACAUCUCCGUCAUCCGAAUGGUCUACGUAUAGAAAUGCUUAAGCAGCAUAGCGCAAGGAGAUCCUCUCACCGCUCGAGUUCCAGUCUUACUCGCUCUCAUCGUAGCAGAGUCUCCAUGCAACGGUCUUCUGCUUCACGGAACUCCAUGACCAGCUCCAUGUGGCCGAGCAGUCCACCAGCUAUCGCCACCAUGCGGCCGUCUGAUCUGCAUAAGCGUGGUGUCAGUUUCGGCCAUCUAAGACGUACGUCUACGACUAGUGUUCUGAACUCGCAGACUUCGACCAAAGCUACACCUGCUACGCCACGUCUUCCAAUAAACGCUCGAGAUCUGAAGACGUUGCGUGCUUUGGAAGCUGGCACUCCUGGUCCAGCAAACAGUCCGACCGUGCAGGCAGUGCAGGCUAUAAGGUCACGCAAAGAGAAGGCGACUGCAAUCGACGUGCCUCGUAUCAAGGUGCGAAAGCCAGAUUCUUCACAUCAGCACAUGCGCAGUGAGAUAAGGAAGCACAGCGCUGAGCUUGAGAAAGCCUGCGAAGAAGCGUUUUUCCGCAGCUCUGUUGGCUCGGGCUUGACGGCAGCUACAGUCAACACCACAUCAGAUCGAUGCUCAGCGCCGGACACGCCGCCGUCGUCUGUCUCUGCUCCAGGCUCGGCGUCUUCACAGCAACCCUUGGCUCGAAAGCCCACUGUCAGUCGACCACUUCCCGAGGUGCCUAAGGACACACCUAAUACGUACCUUACCAGGAUGCUCGAGGAGACCCGUGAGAAGCUUGUAGCAUACAAGCCACUGGAUGAUGCACACAGAUUCGAUGAUGUGAUCAACAUGCUCGAGGAGCUUAUGCCCACUGGGAUCACACCUCCACCACCCGAGAAGCGAGUGUUUACUGCUCCAGAAGCUAGAACCCCCGACCAUCUUACAGGUUUCUUGCCCAUGAUCUCAGAGGAGAGUGAUAACCAGCGCAGUAGCCGGGAGGGUACUCUCAAUUGGCACAGGUCUGUUACUGCUCCAUUACCGAGACAGAGGAGAGCUGAAGAUAAUAGUGUCAGGGUCGUCCCUCCAUCAUCUCCAGGCACCGUCGCGCCGCUCAAUGUCCGCAAACGCAGCAAUGGCAGCGAAACUAGUGACGAGACAUUUCGUCGUCUGGCCGCACAGGACUCCGCUGGACGGCUGACACACAAGCGGACCAUGGAGAACAUUGGUGGCCUUACUGCUAUCGACGAGAACAGUACGCUUCCGGGAACACCCACACUUGUGCGCAAGAAGCGAUCUGGCUGGUUUGGGCUGGCCAAGAAGAUCGACGUUACGGACGAGCCGGCAACUCCAAAAGCUGAUCUGCCAGAUGUCCACCGUCUGCAGAAGCGGCCAUCUCGCCUGGUCAUUUCGGAUAAAGUACUUCCUGACGACCCUCCUCAAUCUGGAGUGUCGAGCGAGUUUCCUCUACGCAAGACCCGUUUCCGUGGUGGGAAGGCAGGGUUCGGUAAGUGGCUGGGUCGCAAACUUGGAGAGAAGCAGCAAAGCGAGGCAUCGGAGAUUAUGUUAGGCGACACUACGCUGUACGACACAACAGAAGUGACACGCAACGACAGAACCCGGGAAGAGGACUCGCUCUUCUCUUCUAACUCAGCGACCGCAUCAAGCACAGAUGGUGCACCUGUCCCGGACGGCCAGGAGCGCUCAUGGUUCGCACGCUUCUUCAACAUCAAGCCCAUCGCCAAGGUCAUCUGCUUCUCCAUCCCACGCGGCCGAGCACGACAGGAACUUGUGCUCUUGCUCCGCGCAUGGCAGGAACACGGGAUCAGGGAUCUACAGUACAGUCGCGAGACCAACACUAUCAGCGCACGUGUCGAUCGUCAAAACACUCUCGGGAUCAAACCUAUCAGUUUCCGAAUCGAGAUGUUCGUCGUUCUGGAACAUGGUCGUAAGGUUGGUUUGAGCAUUGCGCGAUUCGUGCAGGUUAAAGGUGCUGCGAGUGCUUUUCGGAGGGUGCUUGAGGUUGUGCAUGGAUCUAUGGAUGGGAGAGGGUGGUUGGUGAAGGAGGAGGAGAAGUGGAGGGCUUUGAGUGAGGUUGUCGGGGUGUAA